AUGUCCAUGACAACAAACAACAACAAAGCUUUAGUCGCACAAAAUCCAGAGCAGUUCCAUGCGAAUCGCGGCUGUGUGUGCGCACCGCAGGUGAUGCGUUAA